CUGCUGGCAUUUGGCUUAUUCCUGUGUUGCUCGAGGGUUUCUGACGCUUUGUUCCCCACAGCUUCAGACAUGGCUUCCUCAAUGAUGUGCCCAAAUGUGCAGCUCCCAGGCGAAAGCGAACAAAGCUGUAUGACCGGAAAUAGUGGAGCAUGCAGCAGCAUGGGCUAUGGCAACUCCUUCGGCUGGAAUGGCAAUGGUAUGCAAGGCAUGCAAGGCUUCCCCAUGAACUCAGGGGCGCAAGCCAACCAGUGUGGCUUUCCACAGGGCAAUUGUGGCUGGCCAUCCUGCAACUGCGGCGGUUGGGGAAAUUGCUCAGGCAAUCAAGGCUGCCAAGGGGCUUGCCCCAACCAGUGGCAGGGCCAGUGUGGAUGGCCACAGUGUGGAGGUUGCAAUUGUGGCUGGUGCGGAUGCAAUGGAAACUGCCAAAAUUGUUGCGGAAAUUGGUGCCCCGGCUGCCAGAACGGUCAAUGGAAUUGGCAGCAAAACUGCAACGAGCCGCGGUAUUCAGGAAGAACUAGGGCUGAGUGGGCAAAUUGGAUUGCUACUCCAUGCGGCGACCGCUGGUGUCAGACCAAGCUCAAUGAAGGCAAGUGUGUGGUGGAGUGGAUGAUCAGGACGUGGGGGUUAGACUUGCUCCGAAGCGGCAGCGGGGUCAUCGAUGUGGGCGGUGAGCCUGGUUUUGUAGCUAUCGCCCUUCUGGAGCAUGGAAUCCCUGCAACCAUAGUGGACCCAAGCUGGCGAAUGACAGGAAAGACCAACCGUCUCACAAACAUCGAGCAGAUGGUCCAAAUACCUGGUUGUCCAAAAUUUCAAGCCUUCCAAGAGAUGUUUGAUGAAAACUUCUACGGACACCACAGGGAAUUUGUAGACUCGGCAAGUGCGAUUGUUUCACUGUACGGCGAUGAGGCCACAGAGCCAAGCUUGCGCUUUGCUGCAUCUCUCGGAAAGCCUUGUGCCCUCAUACCAUGCAACGAGUGUGUCCGGUUUUUCCCAUCUCACAAUCAGACAUACGAUGGCUAUGUCCAAGCGUGCAUGGAUGUGGCAAAUCAGAACCGAGGCCGUUUUGAAUUGGUCAACCUGGUAGGGGCACCUUUUUCCAGAGCAUUGCUGGUACAACCUCCGCUGCCGCAAUGGGCGAGCAAGUACGCAGAGGUUCAGGGAUGGCCAGGAGAGGAUGAGUUGGCCGUGCCCUUGAAGGUGCUGAAGGACUUGGGAGUGCUUUACCAGGUCCUGUGGAAGAUGGAAUUGGCAAAAAGAGGUGCCUGAGGCGAGGACAGCAGGCCCAGGCACCGCACAGAACUCGAUGAUGGCCAAGUACGACAUCAACAUCGUACAUGGAUGUUCAUAGUGCAUCAUAGUGUGCCAUAGUGUCACGCCAAGUGUCACGCGAGGGUGUGGCGAUUUUCAGUCCUUGCAUUUUUCAAGCCUGUCACAGUCAGCUGGUAAGGCUGGUGGUCGAACACAAAAAUGUGAGGAUCCGGCAGUUCAGCAACAGCUUACAUAGGACGCCGUGCAGAAAA